AUAUCGCGCCAUUAAAGUCGAUGAAGUAAAAGUCAGACUGACAGAGGUGUGAGUGUGUGGGAGAGAGAAAAGGAGAGAGAGAAAGAACGUGUUAAGGACCCGCCUACGAGAUUGUGAACUUUAAAUGACGAGCCAGUGGAAAUUCUCAUUUUAGUGUGCGUUUGCUUUGAGUCAGGACCACUACACUGAAAACAGACAAAAUGUUGGCUGCUUUCAGAGGACUUCCAAGGAUUUUGCUAAUAUUCAGUCUAGUACUGAACUCCACUUUAGGUGCUGACACUGGAUGUGAUGACUGGAUUUUAAAUGGAAACAAUGGUGUCUGCUGCAAGAGAUGCAAGUCAGGGAACCGCUUGGUGGAAAGUUGUGGAAGAGACCCGGAAAAGCUCUGUACCCCCUGUGAACCUGGAACUUACGUUAUCGAUCUUAAAUUAUUUUGUUUGAGAUGUACCCAGUGCAUAGGAAAUCAGCUUACACAUAAACCUUGCACUAUCAGCAGCGAUACCGUAUGUGGAUGCAAGGAAGGAUAUCGGUGUGGAAACCACAAAUGUUCCUUCUGUGUUGAUGAAUGCAAGGUGGGGGAGGAGCCCACUGAAGAACGAUCUUGUAGAAAAUGUCCAGAGGGAAAAUUCAAUGAUAAAACCCACAGUAUGUGCAAAGAAUGGAGAAAAAGUUGUCCUGAUGGACAGACUUUGGUCAAAGGAAAUGUUACCAGUGACAGUACAUGCGCACAUUUAGAAGAAACUAAACCAAACACCUUACCUACUGGGACAAAACCUAAUAAUGAACAGACAAACAAGCUUGCAGUUUUCAUUGCUGCAGGGAUGGCAGGUUUGGCUGUCCUUUUCAUCAUAGCAACCGUGGUUGCAUACGUAAAGGCACAAAACAAAACCGAGAAGAAGCCAAAAAACAAUACCCCUGACCAAGACCACUCAGACGAGUCCAGGAUAAUGGUUGUUGAGCAGGAAGACUGUAGUUUUCGUCAUCCUGAGCAGGAACAGGGUGGCAGCUCAGAGUCCAUCAAUACGCAAGACUCAGAGUCUAAACUCAUAGUGUGAGUUUACUGGACAGUAUUUUUUAUUUUUUAUCUGACUUUAGCAUUGCUACAGUAACAAGUGGAUAAAACCACUGAACGUCUACUGAACUGUGAAAUACAUACUGGGUGUCGAUCAGCCAUUCCAGAUGUUGUAUCAGUGAUUCAUCUGAACAAAAUGAGUUACGUUUGUUCUGAAGAACAAAAUGAACUUUCACGUCGGAGUUUUUAACUUCUGAAGUGUGGUGCACCUUAAUAACACAAAGAUGAGAGGUUGUUAAUGUAGGUGUGCAGUAGCAGACAGCAUGUCAACACUUUUAUGAGAGUAGGCGUUAUCUACUGGUGCUUGUGUCACAUUUUCAGGUCAAAGCCCUCUUGAAAUACCCUGGUGGGCUUCCCCACUUUUUCUAAAAGAGCACCAUUUAAAAAAAAUGAUCUUUGGAUCAAGAACCAAGAGGAUAACAUUUAGCAUAAUGAGACUGUUUUAAAUGGCGUGUUUGCACUUUAACCACUUUUAUUUAAUAUUAGCUCUUGGUCCAGUUGUUUUUAUUUCAAUUUUUUAUUGUCUGGAAAUCAGCAGAGAGAGCAGAGUAGUUUUUGGUAGCUAAAUCUUGUUUUAACCGUGUCAUGUAUGAAGUGAAUUGCUGAAACUAAACAUGACCUCAAGAUUAUAAUUUCUUUUUUUGUACAUUUUAUUGUUUUUACAUUAAAAAUAAUUAAAAUUGUCAACUCUUACCUUUCUUAACUCUGGGUUAACAAAAUUAUGACUUACUGUUAAUUCAUUCACAAUUCAUUCUUUACUUGGGGUUAGGAAUUUACCCUGGGCAUUUAGGUUUCAACUCAAGGUUUCACAUGCUACAUUUGUAAUUCCCGGGGUAAAAUUCUUAUUUGCAUAGUCAAUAUCAUUGACUGGAUGAACUGCUUAAAUUAAAGUUUGUCUCGCUCAUAUGCAGCAGUUGGGCUUAUUUAUUCCUGGCUGUACCAUCCAUCCGGUUUAUGCUAAACAGACUUCGAAUUUUCAGCUGUAAAAUUAAAAUAGUCUCUUCAGCCCAAUUAACGCGUUUCUGUCACUGUUUGACAUUUACCUCUCAAACGCUGGAAACGGAAUAGAACGCUUAAUGUUGCGAUAACUCUACAAACGGCUUGCGUAAUUAAUGAGGCGAGCGCUAUUUAGUUUAUGAUUGGUUGUUGGCCGUUACGUUCUGACGUCGCAUCGUUUCACCCGCAAAGAUGACAACCUGUCAGUGUAAAAAAAAAAAGCCCUAAAAAACAUAGGUUAUAGAAUGCAAAAACCUCACUGUUGCACUAUAGUAUACUGCACAGCUUGUUGUGUAGGCAAUAUUGAAAAUAUAUCAGCUUGCACCAGGGGUCUGAGAAUCCAUGUUUGGGAAUUUCCUGUAGGUAAAUGCCUUGAGUUCAUGGAGUGGCUACUGAGGUCAUUAAACAAGUUAUUGGGUACAAAAUCCUCUGAAAUUGCAAAAACAUGGAAUAUUUUCUUUAAGUUUGUCACUGAGAAUGGAGGUUAAACCAGUUCAAGUGACUAGCCCCUGACAUAGUUUUACAUAUGUAAUCUAAAAGGAAUGUUCAGUGGACUGUAUAUCCUGUAUAUCCUGCCGACUCAGUGGGAGUUCCCUGAUGACCAGAGUUGAAAAAUAUUUACAUUAAUGUUAUUUAUCUAGGAAUCAUGACUCAUUUUGCAUUCCAGUUUCAUUUUCCUCCCACGUCUAGACAUACGCGUACCAACCUGCUGAGCUCUGCAUCCACAAAAAAAGAAAAACCUCACAUUAUUUGGCUCCAAGGAGCUGUUUUCUCAAGGCGUUAUAAGCGUAACAGCAGUAAGGAUAGAGCGGAACAGCUGGUGGGUGAGCAAUGUGAGUCUUAAGUCUUUAAACGGUCAAAAAAAGGUCACCCUGUUUAAUAUGUCACUUUAUGCGUCACCAUGGGUUUACUAUGUAAAGCCUUAUACCGGGUAAUCCUGUUUAUAAAACAGCUCUACCGCUUGUAAAAAAAAAAAAAUAAAUAAAAACUUAGUUUUUUUCUUUUUUA